GAGAGUUCAUGAUUAUUAUUUGAGCAAGGAAGGGUUACAAUUGUUAUUUUAGAGGUGGUGUGUGAUUCCACAUGUGUGUUUUUGUGCGAGUCUGAGAAGCCACACCUCCUGAUCUACUUAUCUCGGCAGUAAUGAUGUGCAUAUGAUGCCGGCUGCAUAUUUGUCUGCCACCCUUGUGGAGGCUACGCACACACUCUUGUGCUUUGACACACACUGGCAGCCACUCGCUGUCAGGACACGUAGUCUGCCUCGGCAACACAUGCGCAUUCACACAAAUACGAUCCUGGGAAGGAUCAGCGUUAAAAAAAAAAAAAAAGAUCGGUAGUAGGAAAGAAGAAUUUGAUGUCCCUCUGCUUUACUCGGAGCGGAUUGUGGAUGCUGAACAAAUGCGAGCACGCUGACCCCCCCCACGCUCACACAUCACUCCCCCGCAGCCGCAAAUUGUUGGAUUCGUCUUCACUGCGUGGAGUGUGGGAGUCGUGCAUCAUCGGACUAAGAUGGGGAACCAAGCGGGGAGACGGGAGGAACCCGACACAGGUUGUCAAGCAACUAGGAAGUCUGGGAUCCCGGCCCCAAGAGAAAUCCCAUCUUCAAUAACAAGGGACCGCAUUUCCUUGCGAGACCAGUUGAGGAGCUCUUCCACUAAGAGGAUUGUUUCCAGUGCCAGCACUUCCAGCCUCUCCACCCUGGCAAAGCAAACCCGUAGUUCGACAAAGUGUCGGGGAGAAGCAGAAGGCCAGGAAAGGGGCCUCCUGGAAUGUCAGGUUAAGGAGCUGUUGGCUGAAGCCAAGGCUAAAGACUUGGAGAUCAGCAAUCUCCGCACGGAGCUGCAACGCUGCCAAAGUCAGGCUUCCCCGUUGCAGUCACCUGUCUCACCUCAAGAUCUUUUUACAGAACGAGACGGAAAGCUCACAGAGGCUUUUGUCCUGGUUCAAGAGCUGAGGGAAAAGAAUGCAAAGUUUCAGAAAGAGCUCGCAAACCUCAGAGAGGAGAACCAAGGGCUAAAGAGAAGGCUCCUCUGUUUUGAGCCUUUACCAUUAGCACCUCAGAAUGGCCUGCCGUCAGUUUCCAGCCCAACUACCAGUCCCAUGAAAACAUCAGUCUCCUCCGGUUCUGCCAAGGACUCACCUUCACCCGACUCGUCGGAGUUUGAGAAGAUCCCACGUUCAGGAUCCACUUGCAGCAAUGUCAGUAGCGAAGCCACGGCGGGUGGACGAGAUUUGUCGGUGCGGAGUCUGACGGAACAGAUACACAAGAUGGAGGAAAACCACCACAGCACUUCAGAGGAGCUACAAGCCACUGUACAGGAGCUGGCUGACCAGCAGCAAGUGGUGCAAGAACUGACGACUGAGAACGAGCGUCUAACCGAGGAGAAACGCCUCCUGCAGACUUCGCUCCAGCAGCAGAGAGAACGUCUGGAGCUGCUCUCCCAGAAGAAUGAGGCGCUGGCUAGUCGACUUCAGGAGCAAGCCCAGAGGGAGGACGAGAUCAGGACGCAAGGUCCUCGACUCGUCGAACUCGAGCAAAGGUACGCCGAGCUGGUGGAGAGCUCGCGCUUCGAACGGGAGAAGCUGGUGAACAUUCAGCAGCAGUUAACCGGCAGCCUACGAGCUCUUGAGGAGGAGCACCAGGAAGCCCAGGGUCAGGUGCAUGGCCUGCGAGAAGAAAUGGACAGGCUACAUGGCCAACUCAACCACGAGCUGGAAGCCGGAGGUCAAGCCGCACAGUUGGCAGAAGAACAGAAAGCCACGGUUGAUUGUCUCAGAGUGGAAAAUAGUCGGCUGAAGGCACAGGUGGACAUCGAGAGGCAAAAGGUGGCUGAGCUGAAGACCGUGCAGAGCGCCGGCGAUAGUACAGAGCUGCAGAGUCUACUCAAGACGGCCCGUGCCGAGAGAGACCGACUGGAGCUGGAGCUGACCGAGCUGAGGCGGGACCUGCUGCAGGCCCAAGAUGAGACCGAGCACGUGCAAGCCAGCAUCUCCAAGGUGAAUGCCAAAGGCCAGCAGGUCCAGGAGAGAGCGGAGAUGAGGGAGGAGGAGCUCACCAAGCGGGUGAGUGCCUUGGAGGAGGUGGGCAUGCUGGCUGACAAACAAGUGAAGGACAUGAAGGAGACCAUCUUUGAACUAGAGGACCAGGUGGAACAACAGCGGGCCAUCAACCUACACACAAAUCAAACAGUCCUCGACCUGGAGAAUCUCGCAAAAAAAUUAGAGGAGCAGAAAUUCGAAGCGGAACGACAACUGAAAGUUUUUAGCAGGCAGAUGAAGGAAGAAAAAGAUGAAUGGCGUCGGUUCCAGGCCGAUCUCCAGACAGCCGUGGUGGUUGCCAAUGAUAUCAAAGUGGAGGCUCAACAGGAGCUCCGGACACUCAGAAGACAGCUGCAGGAGGAGCAAGAUCGUAGCGCCAAGCUUUCUUUAGACCUGGAAUCCCUGCAAGGUGUUCGGUCUCAAGGGGAUGAUUUAAAAGUGCACACAAACAGCCGUAAAUGUUGCGGUGUGAUCCCGAGCCCACCCACUGACAUCAACGGUGAUGCCAACACGGAACCAGGAGCUCCUGUCAAGUCCCCCAUCAAGUCAUCUGAUACUGGCGGACAGAAUGGACCGGGCCUGACAGUUCAAAUCCACAGCUCACCUAGAAGCCCUCUAAGUGGAAUCCCGACGCGCACAGCACCUGCAGCUGCAGUUUCGCCUAUCCAGAGGCAGUCGAACAUAAAGCCGCUGUCCAAGUUGUUGGAAAAAAGAAUCAAUCAUGGCGACUUUGUUCGUCCUCACGGUAAAUUUUCAGGCGGAAGAGAGGAGACGAAAAGCAACAUCCUGAUGAGGAAGAGUCCAUCUCUAGAGUCAAUAUUCAAAAGUCCUGCUUCUCUGAGAAGCCGUGCAUCAUCUUUUACCUGCAACCAGGCCAACAGUAUGUUCAGCCAAGUGGCGCAACACCGUUUUGAGAUCAACGACCGGGCGUCGUGGUCUUCCCAUGGCUCCGGCUACAACACAAACACCGCCGAGAUGACCUUGGGAACAAUAUUCGUGUCAUCGGAAAGCGCAGUUCAUGUACCGUGUGUUACGGACCCCUUGGCUGCACUCACGCGGGAGUAUGGGGGAUCUAAGAGGAACGCUCUACUGAAGUGGUGCCAGAAGAAAACACAAGGCUAUCCGAAUAUUGACGUGACCAACUUCAGCAGCAGUUGGAGUGAUGGUUUGGCUUUUUGCGCCCUUCUGCACACAUAUUUGCCCGCCCACAUCCCCUACCAGGAACUCAUCAGUCAAGAUAAGAUCCGGAAUCUGACGCUGGCUUUUCAGGCCGCCGAGAGUAUUGGCAUCAAAACUUCCCUGAACAUCGAGGAGCUGAUGCAGACAGACAGGCCCGACUGGCAGAGCGUCAUGCAGUACGUCUCUCAGAUCUACAAGUACUUUGAGACCUGAUCGGCAUUUGCACGAUAUUCACCUUACUGGCAAAUUUCGACUCCUGCCUGGUGCUGGACACUCGAGCCCAUGUGUUUAAAAAGUGUACAUGAUUAAA